CUAAUAUUUCUCUGCCUGCAGCCAACUAACACCCUUGAAUAACUCUGAUCACCCUAAAUUCAAGAUGAAGCCUCAGAUGUCAACCAAGAAGCCUCUUCAGAGUCGCCACCGAGUCAAUGGUGCAGCUGCUGCCAACGGCCAACAGCAACCUGGGGCCUGCCCUGCGGUCCCUCGGAUGUUGCGACGCAUGACAAAGCAGUCCUUUAUGGACGUCGAUCUCCAGUACCUGAUGAGGCUUGAUCCUACAACGCCAGAUCCUUUUGAGAACUCAUCUUCUAUCUUUGAUGAUCCUCCUUCUCUCUUUCGCCCUCUACCAGCAUCCAUCAUUGGCAGCGGUAUUGCAGGUACGGGCCAAUGGAUGUCAGCUGAGGCCAUUCGCUUGCAGAAGGAACAGGAGGACCUUCGAGUACAAUACCUGCAGUUCCUUCAUCAAUUGAAUCACACGAAUCCACAUAGCUAUCUGGUUCAUAUGAACGCGUUUGCGACCGAAUUUCCGCAAGAGUUUGCGCAGCUUCAGGCUUAUAUCCGCUACCAGGAGCAGGUCAUGAACCAGCAGCGUGAAGAGGCUAGACGUCAGGAGGAGAUGCGUCAAUAUCAGUUGCAGCUAGAGCAGCGUCGUCAACAAGAGGAAGAGUUGAACCAAUUUAAACAAUUUAGAGAGAUGCAAUCUCGACAGGAACACGUACAGGAGAUGCAAGAACUGCUGCAAGAAUGGCUCCUUAAACGCCAACAUGCUCGAGCGACCAGCUUCCGAAUGGGUACGAACCAUAGAGACGACGGACUAGAUCUAGCAGAUGUAAUUACGAUUGCACUGCAGAAAGAUCCCAAACUGAUGGAACGGGUAUUGAGCACUGCAGGGCCUGAACAAGGUCUAAACCUUAUACUGACACCGGCACAGCAGCAGGAGUUUGGGCAGUUUUUGCAACAGAAGAGGAUCCAGGAGUUGUUGGCUAUUGAAAAGAAGAGGCAAGAUAUGGCUGCGGCAGGGUUCAGUAAUUUUGCAUUCCAACCAUCCCUGUCGUCCUCCUCUUCACCAUUCCUCGCAGCUGGGAUGUUUAAUACAAACUUUGGCAUCGGCAGCAGUAGUGAUAGCUGGGCAAGCAAUUUUGGUAGCGGAUCAGUGUUUCCUAGCCGAAUUCCGAUGACGAGCGAGACUAAGAGAACGUCCAAGGGUUCAUUGCACCAGAAGUACCGCAAGUGAGCGGAGUCCGUUUUUGAACAAUAGCAG